CACAAACAUACAUCCUACAUUUUAUUGAUAAUAGCGGUUCCCGGGUGGCUGACUAAUAAAUAACAUAUUAUUCGAAAUUCGAACUGUGUAAAAAUAAAGAUAAAUUAAUUUGACAUUUACAAUAUAACGUAUUUAUUUUAAAACUUUUGGAUUUUAUCAAAGUUAGUGGCGCGUGGUGGUGUAUUGAACGCAGUAUUUUUUUUUUAGUGUAGAAAAUAAAUAAAUAGUCAUGAAAGCUGAACUGCCAGUGUGUACAAGAUGCUGUUUUUGUUUGCCCUUACGAAGAGGUUUAUUAGUGUGGGGAUACAUUAAACUGCUGGCUGAUUUGUACAUUCUCGUAAUAUUAUCCUACAUAAUGUUCAUAUUUAUUGCUUUCCAUUUUUAUGGACUAGAAUUUGCUGGCCUGGUUAUUGCUAUUACUGUAUUUUUGGUUGAUGUUGGUCUGACCGUGGUUUUCAUCGUUGGUGCACAUAAGAAGAAAGUGAAAUAUAUGAGAUUGUUCUACUUCUUAAGUAUAGGAAUAUUAGCAGUGACAGGACUAUUGCUAAUUGCGCAAACCUGUUUAAUGGGACAUCCCUCGUUUAAGUUCAAAGCUGAUCUAUUGGAAUAUUACAUCAAGAUCUACACCAGUUACUUUAUAGUUAUAGUUGUCCAGGCCUAUUUCAUACUGUUACUGAGAAGCGAGAUUAUUAAGCUGAAGAACAGCUGUAAGUUCAGAUUCGUGAACAAUGCUGCCGAGGCUCUAUGUUCCUUGGAGUGUGAGGUACCAGCACCAGCUGCUCCGGAGCCAGCUGAAGGUGACCAGUGA